GCGGCGGCGGCGCGAGGGGCGGGAGCGCGCGCAGGAGCCAGAACGCCGUGGUCUCCGCGCCGGCCGGGUCCGCAGCUCGGGAUCGGGUGGCUGGGGCGGGGGGAGGGGGGCCCAGGCAGGUGGGGCGGCAAGCGAUGAGUCCUCGGCGCCUCCUCCGCCUCCCGCGGGCCCCGCUCUCUGCCUCCCGCUCCGACGCCCGGAUGAUCUGAGCCGCGAGGGCUCCGAGAGCUGGGGGCCCGGACCCAGCCCGGCUCCUCCCCUCCUUCGCCCGGGCCCGGCCGCUGCCGUCGCGGGACCCCCGAGCCCGGCCGCCGUCGCCGCCGCCGCCCCGGCCGAUCAAGGGACCCGCCCGCCCGCGGCUGCUCCGGACCUAGAGGAUCAAGUCAUAAUGGGAGCAUUUUUAGACAAGCCAAAGAUGGAAAAGCAUAAUGCCCAGGGGCAGGGGAAUGGGUUGCGAUAUGGCCUAAGCAGCAUGCAAGGCUGGCGUGUUGAAAUGGAGGACGCACAUACAGCUGUGAUCGGCUUGCCAAGUGGACUUGAGACAUGGUCAUUCUUUGCUGUAUAUGAUGGGCAUGCUGGUUCUCAGGUUGCCAAAUACUGCUGUGAGCAUCUGUUAGAUCACAUCACCAAUAACCAGGAUUUUAAAGGCUCUGCAGGAGCGCCAUCUGUGGAAAAUGUAAAGAAUGGAAUCAGAACAGGUUUUCUGGAGAUCGAUGAACACAUGAGAGUUAUGUCAGAGAAGAAACAUGGUGCAGAUAGAAGUGGGUCAACAGCUGUGGGGGUCUUAAUUUCUCCCCAGCACACCUAUUUCAUUAACUGUGGAGACUCGAGAGGUUUGCUUUGUAGGAACAGGAAAGUUCACUUCUUCACACAAGACCACAAACCAAGUAAUCCGCUGGAAAAAGAACGAAUUCAGAAUGCAGGGGGCUCUGUGAUGAUUCAGCGUGUUAACGGUUCUCUGGCUGUGUCAAGGGCCCUUGGGGAUUUCGAUUACAAAUGUGUCCAUGGAAAAGGUCCCACAGAGCAGCUUGUCUCACCUGAGCCGGAGGUCCAUGAUAUCGAAAGGUCUGAAGAGGAUGAUCAGUUCAUUAUUCUUGCAUGUGAUGGAAUCUGGGAUGUCAUGGGAAACGAAGAGCUCUGUGACUUUGUGAGAUCCAGACUUGAAGUCACUGAUGACCUUGAGAAAGUUUGCAAUGAAGUAGUCGACACCUGUUUGUAUAAGGGAAGUCGAGACAACAUGAGUGUGAUUCUGAUCUGUUUUCCCAAUGCACCUAAAGUUUCAGCAGAAGCCGUGAAGAAGGAGGCAGAGCUGGACAAGUACCUGGAAUGCAGAGUAGAAGAAAUCAUAAAGAAGCAGGGGGAAGGAGUCCCUGACUUAGUCCACGUGAUGCGCACGCUAGCCAGCGAGAACAUCCCCAGCCUCCCACCGGGGGGUGAACUGGCAAGCAAGCGGAAUGUAAUUGAAGCCGUUUACAAUAGACUGAACCCUUACAAAAACGAUGACACUGACUCUGCAUCAACCGAUGACAUGUGGUGAAGCCGCUCAUGGCCAUGGGUCGCCUUCGCCGCCAGAGGAGAGCACAGCUCAACUUGGCCGAACCUUUGAACAGCCAUCAUCAACUUUAAGGAAGAAGGGGUACGACGUGGCUGAGGGACUACACCAGAGCUUGAGCGGUGGAACAGCUAGCCCAGAACGGAUUUUUUUUUUUUAAUUGUAAAUUUGAGACUUAUGUAAACGUGAUUUCAAACCGUAAUUCAUGUUGUAAAUCAGACUCCAGCAAUUUUUGUUGUAUGAUUUUGGUUUUUUGUAAAGUGUAAUUGUCCUUGUACAAAGUGCUCAUAUUUAAUUAUGAACUGCUUUAAAAUCACGGUCAACGAUAAGGAAAUGUUUGGCUUGUUGUGUGACACAACAGAGUCGCGCUGUGGACAGGGAGAGCGGCAGCCACAUAGCUCGACGCUCAUGUGCGCAUGAUUAUGAAGAAUUCCAAAAUCUUACAAAGCUGAACACCCAGGGAGUUAUGGAAAACUGUCUCUGUGUUCUGGCGAGGGACUGGCUUGUUCACGCAGCCGCUCCUUCUUACCUGUCUCUAGGAUGGCCUCUCCUGCAGCCAAGAGCAUUGCAGGUGACACCGAGUGUUGGUGAGAGUAUCGAUUUGGGGCUGAAAUGCCUUGAUUCUUUGCACCUCUUUAUGAGUCCUACAUUCAGUUACUAAUUGGUAAGCAGCAGCUUCCUACACAGUAGGAGACUGCCACGUUUUUUUUUUCCUAUCAUGAUUGGCUGGGCCUGCUGCUGUUCCUAGUAAGAUAUUCUGAAUUCCAUUUUAUCAAUAAAGCUUGGUUUAACAAACAAGAAAUUUAAUCAUGUUCGCGUAGUUCCUCUUGCCCCGGCUUUCAGAACCCCAUAAACGGGACAUGCCUCCUAGGGAAAGGUGUUAGUCUCCUUAAAUUGGAUGGUGGUGUUCCCCAGGUACAGAUGGAUCAAGAAAUCAGUCUGUGUUGUCCUAACCUGUUUUUAAAAUGAGUUUCUUCCAGGCUGCUUGCUUGUCAGUAAGAUGUGCAUCAGCUUGGGUUUACCUACUGUUAAUGAAAAGAAUUGUCCAAGUUCGACAAUCUUAACACUGAUAGAUGUGUGUGUGUUGAAUGUGUGUUUGUCUGUAACUUUUAAUUGACCCACGUCUUUAGAAUCUAAGAGGUUAAGAUGUAUUUGUGAUUUGAAAUAUAGCAUGUUGAUAAUAUUUAGCUGUUGGCCUUUAAAAAUAAAUUUCAAAGCUUAAGGAAUUGUAGAUAUAAAAUACCUAAUUUAAUUUAGGCUUAACCCCCUCCGAUUAAGCAUGUAAGAGUAAGUUUUCUGGUCUGUCACAUCAUAAAGACUACUGUUCUGUACCCGUCUGUGUUUCCGUCUCUGUAGGUUGAGUGCUGCAUUUACCAACAUGUGACCGAGUCCCCUCUAGGAACCGAUUCAAAUACGUUAGAUACAAAGUCACAACUUUGUGUACAAAAGUUAGUGUAAUACAUUUUGUUCUGUGUGUUUUCCCCAAUCUUGGAAAUAGACAUGUUUGUAUAUACAGCCUUAAAACCACUGUAACGUGAAGGGAAUGUAGGAGAGCCCUGAGAAGUGUCGCAGACUUCAGUAGCUAGAACACCAGCGGACUCUUCAUUACCCCUCUCGCGAGCUGAUGUAACUUCAUUGUAUUUAAUUUAUAUCUUAGUCCAGCAUGAAUGAAGAAAAGCUGAAAUACUCUUGAUAUUUAGAAAUUCAUAACAGCUGCAAUUACAGAACCAAUUCCAAACUUAAUAAAUGCUUAAUGUCUAAAUCUGUGGGAGAGUUGGAAGUAUGGUAAUGUUCAAGCUGUGACUUGCAAAGAUGGGCCUGUGCAUUUCAUGAAAUCUAGUGCUCCUAGCACAGACUGGGCGCUAGGCUGACAGCGGAAGCCGAGAUCCUGACAGAUGACCUGGCUCCUUCGUUUUUAGAAGUAACCUGAAAACCUUUAGUUUUAGAAAUUUCAAAACCUCCAGCCGGGGUUUGCUUGUGGCGGCUUUUGAAACUGCCAUGGUGGGAAGCUGUGUUUCACACGACAGCAGCCUAGUCAGGUCAGCCUUGUUUGAGAUUGCCUCAGCAGAAAAGGAAAUUCAAAUGCUCUUCUGUUGAAACCGUUAAUUCUGAAGACUGGAGUAAGAAAGUGCUGUGAUCUAAGGAGACUAGAUCUUUCCACGAGUCAGCACCACACUGGGUGUCAUUUUGCAUUAUGGAACUACAGGAAGGAGGUGUGCCUUGUAAAAGCAGAUCGUGCCGACUUCCUGGGAAAAUGGCCGUGGUGGAAGCCAGCAACGCUUUUUUGAAGGGGGAUGUUCAUGCCUGCAUGGUACACUUUGUUCUUGUUCCCCAUCCCCUUUCCUGCUAAUUAACAUCUCAGGACAAAUGCCUCAAAAUAUUUGGAUGUAUGGGUUUUGUUUUGUUUUUAUGUGGAGAGGAAAAGUUCUUGUGUGAUGGUAAUAUAACAUGCAGAGUAUACUUUUAUGUCAGUGAAAAUUGCAGUUCUGCAUAGCAGUGUUUUGCUAACUUACAUUAAAAAGUUUUGAGUAAGCCAGUGGACACCUUUAAUCCCAGCACUGGGGAGGCAGAGGCAUGUGAAUCUCUUGAGUUCAAAGCUAACCUGGGCUACAGAGCGAGAUCCAGGACAGGGCUACCCAGAGAAGCCCUGUCUCAACCCCUCCCCUAAAAAUGCUUUUCAUAUCUUACUAUUUUAACAAGUGAUCAUAAGAGUAAAAUAAGCCAGACACAGUGGUGCAGACCUCUAAUUCCCGCACUGUAGAGUCUUGGCAGGUGUGACUGUGAGUUCAAGGCCAGUGUGAUCUACUGAGUUCUAGGAUUGCUGGGGCUUCACAGUGAGACUCUGUCUCAUCUGAUUUUCACUGAUUCACUGUAGCAUUUCCUUCCACUGAUAGCAAAAGCAUCUCAUGGCCAGCAUAAAC